AUGACAGACCCUUCAGUGGUGGAUCACCUGACACGACUGAAACUCAAACUCCUAGAAAAGAGACUAGAAAAUGAACAGGAGAACCUAGAGAAGAUGGAGUCACCUCUCCCAGCUGCAAGGAACAGACGUGAGGAUAUGCUCCAAAGUGCCCUAAGGCGAAGGAAAGAUCUCCUGCAGGAGCUUAGGGAGCAGCACCUUCUGGAAGAGCUUUCACAGCCCGCUGCACCAGCUGGAGGACACUGUCAUAACCACAGAGCUGCCCCCCCGCACAUCUACCAGAUACCUUUUCCAGCUCCCCAAGCGGAGCCACCAAGGAUUAUCCAGCAGACAAUGCCACCACAGCCUGCCACCAUCAUCCAGCAGUUACCUCAGCCGCCCCCCCUCAUCACGCAGAUCCCCCCUGCCCAGCCUUUUGCAGCCCCCCGCUCCGGAAGCAUUAAAGAAGAUAUGGUAGAGAUGAUGCUGAUGCAGAACGCCCAGAUGCACCAGAUCAUCAUGCAGAACAUGAUGCUGAAGGCUCUGCCACCGAUGGCGUUCGCACAGUCUGCUGGAGCCAGCUCUCCCCUGCUUCAGCAUGCCCAGCAGGACCUGCAGUUCCCUGCUCCCCUGGCUGUGAAAGCGGACAGGCCCAGGCCAUCUGCGGUGCACCACCACCACCACUACCCUCCCACAGGGGUGCUCCCAGUGCCCCAGGGGGGCUUCCCGUCCACAUCCACGGCGCAUCACUGGACCAGCAGCACGCUCCCUGCCCUACCUACGUGUGAGCAGAUCACACCUGGGACUACUGUUCGAACUCGUCUGCUCAUGCAAAGGCCAGUGGCAGGAGGGGCCUUGAGUGAGGAUCUGAGCCAAGAGAGAGCAGUGCUACCUUCCACCAUGAGUUAUGAGAUCCGACACAUCUACACUGUCCUUUCGCAGCUGCAGCAAGCAUGCAUUGUUGGCUAUUACCAAAAACAAUAA